CAUGGGCUGAACACCGCGUUCGACUCACGCACUGCAGUGCACCGCAAUCACCAUGGACCAUGGCAAGAGCGUUGGCAUCAUCGGCAUGGGCGACAUGGGCAAGAUGUACGCCCGCCGCCUGAGCGCCGCCGGAUGGAAGGUACACGCUUGCGACGUCCCGGAGAAGUAUGACGCACUGGCGGACGAGUUCAAGGAUCUUCCCAAAGUUGAGAUCAUGCGAAGCGGUCACUUUGUUUCCCGGUGCAGCGACUACAUCAUCUACAGUGUCGAGGCGAAGAACAUCGACGCCGUGGUGAAGGCGUUUGGGCCGUCCACCAAAGUCGGCGCCAUCGUUGGCGGCCAGACCUCCUGCAAAGCUCCAGAGAUUGCUGCCUUUGAGAAGCACCUCCCCGCCGAUGUCAGCAUCGUAUCGUGCCACUCCCUUCACGGGCCUGGCGUCGACCCGAAGGGCCAACCACUGGUUCUGAUUAAGCACCGCGCGUCCGAUGCAGACUUUGCAUUCGUCGAGACGGUCCUCUCAUGCCUGCAGUCCAAGCACGUCUACCUCACACGCGAGCAACACGACCGCAUCACUGCCGACACGCAAGCCGUCACGCACGCCGCCUUCCUCAGUAUGGGCGCUGCAUGGUCCGCCAACAACCAAUUCCCCUGGGAAACACCGCGCUACAUCGGCGGCAUCGAGAAUGUCAAGAUUAACAUCACACUUCGCAUCUACGCGAACAAGUGGCACGUCUACGCCGGUCUUGCAAUCCUGAAUCCGGACGCCCAGAAGCAAAUCAAGCAGUACGCUGAGUCGGUGACGGAGCUGUUCAAGCUCAUGCUCGCUGGCAAUCGGGAAGAGCUGUCACGCCGCGUGUACACCGCAAGAGAAGCCGUGUUCGGCGGCGCGCACGAGAAGAAGGAAGGGCAGGAGCUGCUGCUGCGAGACGAUCUCCUGGAUCGUUUUAGCCUGGGCGAGAUGCCAGAACGCAAGUUGAAGAACAACCACCUCAGUCUGCUAGCUAUUGUGGAUUGCUGGUCCAAGCUGGGGAUCGUGCCGUACGACCACAUGAUCUGCUCCACGCCUCUCUUCCGCAUGUGGCUCGGCAUCUCCGAGUCUCUCUUCCGCAACCCAGCACUCCUCGAAGAGGCAAUCGACACUGCCAUCAACGACAACACGUUCCGCGCCGAUGAUCUCGAGUUCACAUUCGCUGCGCGUGAUUGGAGCCAGCGAGUCAGCCUGGGCCACUUCGAUGCGUACAGGGAGAAGUUCGAAGGCAUUCAGAAGUACUUCGAGCCUCGGUUCCCGGAGGCUACGAAGAUGGGUAACGAGAUGAUUAGGGCAAUUUUGGAAAAGACUAAGGAUUCGUAAGGGUGAUGGGCG